GCAGUGUGUGACGACAGCGGGCGGGCGGAUUUGAACUCAAGAGGAAGGAUUCGGCGCCGUUAACGUUAACGGGUGGUGGUUCCCUUCGGACAGUCGGUGAGGUGUCUGCAGGCGCAGCUGAUAAGCAGACUCACAGACCCUGAUUUACAGCUCGGUCACAAUGAAGCGAAGCUCAACUACUGGGGGUAGCGGUUGGCAGUCUACGAUGGUGCUGAGGGUGCAGGACAACAACAAGAUGGGUCUUCAAACGCCUCAAAUGAAGGACAGAGGAACAUUUGGAAAGCUGAGCAUGAGCAAAACUACGUCAGCAACAUCAGAAAGAAAAGUCAGCUUUUUUGGGAAGAGAGCAAGUGGGGCUGGAGGUUCACGGAACAGUCAGUAUGGUGUGUUUGGUACAGAAAAGAUCAAGGAUCCCAGGCCUCUUCAUGACAAGACCUUCAUCCAACAAUGUAUCAAGCAGCUUUGUGAGUUUCUUGUUGAGAAUGGUUACGCCCAUAAUGUCACCAUAAAAUCGCUGCAGUCUCCAUCUGUAAAAGACUUCGUAAAAAUCUUCACUUUUAUCUAUGGAUUUCUCUGCCCUUCUUAUGAACUGCCUGACUCGAAAUUUGAAGAGGAAAUUCCCCGCGUUUUCAAAGAGCUUGGGUACCCUUUUCCAUUGUCAAAAAGCUCCAUGUACACAGUGGGAGCACCACACACCUGGCCUCAGAUUGUGGCAGCUUUGAUUUGGUUAACUGACUGUUUCAAGUUGUAUUCUGCCAUGAGGGAAAAUCCGUCUUCAUUUGAUGAUGGACAGAACUGGGGAGGAGAAACGGAUGAUGGAAUUGUACACAACAAGCUUUUCUUGGACUACGCCAUAAAGUGCUAUGAGCACUUCAUGAAAGGGGGAGAUACUUACGAAGAAUUGGAUGCAGAAGUGCAGUCAAAAUUAAAGGUUUUAUUUAAUGUAGAUGAAUUCAAAACAGAAGGCUUAGCAGCAGAAAACAAAAGACUUCUUGAAGAAAUUGCAAGACUAGAAAAAGAAAGGGAAAGCGAGCCGGAUCGUUUAGUAUCGCUCCGAAAGCUGAGAUCAUCUUUUCAAUCAGAUGUUCAGAAAUUCCAGUCUUAUUUGACUAAUCUGGAAUCUCACACAGCCAUCCUUGAUCAGAAGAUAAGAGUUGUUAAUGAAGAAAUCGAGGCAGCAGAGAUGGAAGUAGAAGCAAUGAAGCAGGAGAAUGCACGGCUCCAGCACAUCUUUGAUAACCAGAAGUACUCAGUUGCGGAUAUUGAGAGAAUAAAUCACGAGAGAAAUGAAUUGCAGCAAACCAUUAAUAAGCUAACUAAGGAACUCGAAGCAGAAGAACAUCAACUGUGGAAUGAAGAGCUAAAAUAUGCUAGAAAUAAAGAGGCGAUUGAAACACAGCUGGCAGAGUAUCAUAAACUGGCUCGAAAGCUGAAAUUAAUUCCAAUAAGUGCUGAGAAUUCUAAAGGGCACGACUUUGAGAUUCACUUUAAUCCUGAGGUGGGACCAAAUUGCCUUGUCAAAUACAGAACUCAGAUUAAGGCUCCUCUUAUGGAGAUUGUAAACCAAACUGAGGAAGAAAUUAGGAAAGUUACUCAACGGAAAAUGAGUUUGGAGGACACUUUGGAACAGGUGAAUGCAAUGGUAGCGGAGAAGAAAAGCAGUGUGAAAACACUGAAAGAAGAAGCAGAAAAGCUGGAUGAUCUUUACCAUCAGAAGCUAAAGGAAGCAGAAGAAGAGGAGCAAAAAUGUGCAAAUGAGCUGGAAUUGUUAGAGAAGCAUAAACAAUUACUUGAGAGCGGCGUCAAUGAUGGUCUCAGUGAAGCCACAAAUGAACUGCAUGAUAUUCAGAGACAAUACCAAAUUGUUAUGCAAACAACAACAGAAGAGAGCAGAAAAGCAGGUGAUAACUUGAAUCGUCUCUUUGAAGUGAUUACCACUCAAGUAGUAUCUAUAGAGAAAUAUCUUGAUGAACAGAAUUCGAAAAUUGAUAGAGAAUAUGAAGAAUUCAUGUCUGAAGAUCUUCUGUCAACCUUGACCGGAAUUCUAGAGAGUUAUAAAAAGAAGGCAGAAAGCAUAAAAUUACCAAAAAGCUGAAGAUGAGAAUUCUGUGCUUCUGAAGCUCCAUUGUGGUGUCUCUUAGAAGGAUGGUUACUUUCCGCUUUUAGCGGCUAACUUGGUUUUAAUGAAAUGAUAAUGAACUUCUUUUGUCUUACUGGCACAAAUAUAGCAAAGGAUUAAAAUGUUUCUAACUAAAAAAAAACACAAAAGCUUUGCUUACUUUUCCUACUGCCAAAAUAUUUCUAAAAAUUACAAUUUCAGUGACAAGGCAACUGGGGAACAACUUGAUUUCUCUUUUUCUUUAUAAAGAAUUACCUGUGCUCUUCUAAGAACAUUCAGAAAGAUGAGUAUUGUCAGCCUGUUAACAGUGGAAUUAGAGAUGGGACUACAAGUGUCAGUAUAGUCUGUGCAUUCUUUAAUAUUUACAUGUAUUUAACACAAGUCAUGAUUGUGUGUACUUCCAUAGGCCUUCAGUUUAUCACCAAGGUCAAAAAGCAGGGAGACUGGAAGACAUUUACAUUUAUCUAUGAAAUUGCCCAGAGACGCCUCCAGUGUGUAAGAUCUUUUUUAUUCUUCUUUUAGCAAAGUCUGUUUAGAAAGCUUGGUAGCAGUUAUGCAGUCAUCUUGUAAAUAAUGCAGAAAAUGAAAGAUAGUUUGAAAACAGAGUUCCACCUCUAAAUGCUUAUAGUACCAGAUGGAAACUUACUGUACUUCUUAUGUAUGCUUAUUAAAUGAGCUUUAAGUAUGACAGUGUGACUCCUGACAAUGCAGUUAAUUACUUGGAGGUGUAACUAGUCUUGUGUGCAUUGACAUGGUCUAAAAACGGCUGCACUCUUCUGCUAGAUCAGUAAAGCAGACCAUACUGGAGUUUUCUUCCUUAGGAAGGUAAAGUUGGUGUAUGGGGAGUUCCAGCCUAAAUAUGUUAAAGAAGAUGUAUCCCCAUCUCUUGAACAUAUAUUUGCCUUUCUUGUUCAAUGCUGCAUUGUAAGCAGAGGCACUGUCUGCUUGUCUACUCCGUUACAUUCCUUUGUGUUCCCUUAAAAAAGAAGUCACCUUAUGUAGUUUUGAAUACAGCUUUUGAAUACAGUUAUGUAAUUUUGAAUACAGCUCAGCGAUAAAUAUCAGUGACUCAAGUAUACAACAAAGGAACUCCGCUGUCUUCAGAAAUGUUUAGGGGCUAAUAGCUAAUUAAAAUUGCUCCUCAAUUCUCUCAUUAAACAAAGUAUUUGAAUGCAACACAGAUCCCUUGGAUACGAAUCAAAAGUGAAGUUUAAACUCUCCAAACGCAAACUGCCAGUAAAAAACAAAUUGUGUGUAAUUUAUGGCUCUUUUUGCAGAGCGUACACAAAACUCUGUUGUCCUUGUUGAAGAACCUGGCUCAGGUCUGACGUGUUUUGAUGUCGUUGAAAUGCAAAACAAUUGUGUUCCUUUAAAAUAAUUGCCUGUUUAGGGACUACAGUCUUCCUUGGCUUCCUGAUACUUGUUUGUCCCUACUUCUUUUAACUGACUGUUCCUGUGUCUCUUAGUAUCCGCAGCCUCUUUGCAUGUGGAGUGGUCAGUUGACUUAGUAAACACAAUUUCAAAGGACUAAUGCUAACCCAGUAGUAAGGGGUUAAAGAAUCAAGGUCAGAACAACCCUCCUUUCUAUUCUGGAUUGUGGUUUUUAAAUAGAAUGUGGUUACUGCUUGGAUUGGUGUUUUGUUUUAAUUUGGUUGGAUUUUUUCAACCAGUCUUAAUCAAAAUGUACCACUGGCACCUGCGUAUUUCAGUAGUAUGAGUAGUUUGUAAUUCUGGGGGGUGCUGGUAGAGGUGCAGUUCUUUCAUCUAUUCCUAAUGUAUCUUUUGUAUAGCUUGUUUAAUAUGUUUUAAUGUUAUGUAUUUCUAAACUCAAUAAAAUGACUUAAGCAUGUUUAUUUGAA